AUGGUUUCUAGAUUAGAAAAAGGCAGUGUAAAGACAUUCGGUUCUUCAAAGCAUUCUGUGCGCAAUGAACCAUUCUACAUAAAAGAAACUAACAUCAAAAUCAAAAUAGUAAUAGAAUGUUGUGAAAAUAUAAAGCCUUUUUUUGAAUUCUCCGAUAUUCAAGUAAAAUGCCUUUUUGGAGAAGAGGAAAUCGGACAAUCCCGGCCAUUUCCCAUAACUGAUGCAAAAAUCAUUAAAAUGGAUUACCCUUUUGAGUUCCAACUGAAAAAGAAAGCCAAAGAUUUUGACAGCUUGGCUACCUAUCCAAUAUUUUUAAUGUUCGACCAAAUAGAGGCUACUUACGACCACAAAGUAUAUCCUCAGUUGCAGCUGAACAAAGAAAUUAAAAAGUUGACGCCAGUUAAAUCAUUUGAUAGCGUUGUAAGCUUAUAUGAGGCCUUGUCAAGAACAACUAGCCAGGAUGAACUGGACCAAAAAAAGAAAAUCGUGGGACCAUCGAAAAGUAACACUUUCAAAAACAAAGAGAAAGCAGAGAAAGCAGAGAAAGCACCGUUAAAAACGAGAAAAGAAUCAAAGUCUUCUCUAACGAAAGUCUUACUACCCUCCGUAACAAGAAGUGGCGCUUCAUUGGAAAGUGGUAGUUACAAUAUUCAAAGAUUCGCAGCAUUCGAUCCAAUAUCAUUUGGAAUGUGCACAAUAGAUCUAGUACCAUUAUUAUUAGGGUCUACCAAAGUCACACAAUGUCAACUAAUUAGGCCGAUAACUGAGUAUAUGGACGAAAAAAUGAACUCGUACAAAUCUCAUCCGAGAGUCACUGUAACGGUGUCGACUAGCGAAGACUUGGAUCUGAAGGAUAUUACUUUUUUGAACUUUACUAUCGAGACGAUUUACAAUAUACCUCAGCAUUUCAUAAAACCCAAUUUCGACUACAAAUUUUGCUGCGUGUUGCCGUCCAUAAAUGAGCAUAAAAUCCCGAUGGUAUUCACGAAUCCAGUAUUUACGAAUCAAACGGUCAAUAAUAUAAGUAAAUGUUGGCCGGGAAUUCAGAGAUUAGGCAAUGAUACAAACACAACUCAAUACAGAACUUCUGAAGAUUUGAAAGACAUCGUUGUAAAAUUUGACAACAAAGUCGAACAGUACAUAACUGGAGAAAGUCUCAGAAUACAAUUCGUAAUGAUAAAAAGACACCUAAUGUCGAAGGAUUCGAUUUGCGAUUUAACAGUGCACGUAAAGAAAUAUCGAAAAAUUGCAUUGGAAUUUUUAAUCUCCCCGAAAGGUCUCACUACCGAAGCGACAACUACUAAAAUCUUACAAAGCUCUAAAAAAUCAAUGUUGAGCACACAAUUCUUCCAUUACAUGGCUCUUAUAGACGUUUCCUCGUUAUUGUAUCCAGGUGUUAUGAAACUGCGAGUUGCUACCCAGUUGCAAACGUUCAAUUUGGAAAAGGCUUUCAAAGAGGCCGGAUUAGAGGAAUCGUUCUUUAUGCAAGAUAUGAAGAUUACGCAUGCGAGAUCGAGCAGACUCAACGAAAUUGAAAAACCAGGGAAAGACGACAAAGAGGCCAGCAUGAAGAAUAAAGCGCCUGCUGCCCCUAAGCCUGAUGAAAACGAUGACGACGAUUUCCUUUAUGAUGACGAAGAACGUCCCUGUUUCGUCGUGGUAGAAUUGGAAUUGACGCAUCCUCUAAUACCAAAGCGAGAAAUUGAAGAUUUGAAAGCUAGUCUCGCCGAAAUAAUUAAAUCGAAACACGAACUACCUCCAGAUUUGCCCAAAGUCGUUUUAACGUCCUGCAUCACGGUCGAUUAUUUCAAAGAACUAAUCAACGGAAUGGUAAACGAUUUAAACAACAAAUACAUGUUGUAUAUAGAGGAAAAUAACAUGUACCCCAAAGGCAUGGAUCGAAACGGAAGUUUCGUCGACUAUUUAAAGAAGAAAGGUAUUUAUGAAUCGUACAUAAAUUCGAUGUCGAAAGUGAUAACGAUGUUAAUGGGCAACAAAUUUCACCUGGAAGACUCCCAAGCGACCGUCCAGUACCAGAAACUUAUCGGUGAUCUAUUCGUGUUUUUGAUAUCCGAAAUGAACGGAACAGUUAAUAAGUUAAUAUGCCAUGGAAUGGAUCCCGUCACUGAUAUAAAACGUGUCGAAAAUAAUUUAUUUUUUGCCAAAGAAGCUCUAGAAACCAAUCGAAUAGAAAUAGCAGAUAGAUAUUUGUUAGAGAAUUUGUGUUACGACAGAGAAAAUUUGGAAUAUUGGUUCCAUUACGGCUUAUUUCUGCUUCAAACGGACCAAGAGGAUAAAGCAUUCGAAUGCUUCAGAGAAGCCUUAUCGAAGAACCAAAACCACAAAUAUUGCAUUCUGCUGGUAGCGGCUCAUUUGUGCAAGAAAAACCAGCUCGAAGAGGCCGAAAGUUGUUUGCUGGUGUUGAUGAAUAAAGCAUUCUCCUGGCUCGAAGGAUGGGGCGUCCUCUACUUGUUCUAUUACAAGACGAACAAUUUCGAGGGAAUGGAUAUGGCCAUGAAAAACGCAAAAAAGUACUUCACGGCAAAUUUAUCUAAACAAGACGCGUUCAUGGAAAGCGACGAAUUAAUUUGGACCCCCGCCAUUAUUCCCAACACUAUUUUCUUUCGUACAGCUGUCUUAUUAUUAAAGUGCAGGUUAUACGAGUGGUGCGAACUGGCCUUGUCGCAGGAAGUAAACAAUACAUCAGGUCUAGUCCAUUAUCUAUUGUCUGUGAUAAGCUACUAUAAGAAAUCUUACGAUCAUGCCUUGGAUCACAUCGAUGAGACUAAGAGAGUAUACGGGCCGGACUACGCCGUGGCCAGUUUGGCUGGACACUGUUACUUGGCCCUGGACAAGAAGGAGGAGGCGAAACAGCAAUACUAUUGGGCGAUGGAAUUCUUCAAUCGACCGGACAGCAUGCAUUUGGUUAGCAUACAAUUGGCCAUCAUCUUGAAUGAUUUCGGUAACGAUCAGGAGGCGAGAAAAUUAGCUUUGUUGGCCUGCAAAUACAGUCCUACGCCCUACACUUGGUUGCUGGCCGGAAAAUAUUACCUUUUGCAAAAUGAUUUGGUGAGCGCGGAAGAAUGUUUGUGCGAAGGAAAUGCAAUGGAUAACAGAUAUGCGGAAAUAUGGGGCUACUUGUCGUUGGUGAAUGCAAAAAUGAGGAGGGCGGAUGAAGCGGAAAUUUGCUUCAAACAGGCUAUAAGGAAUAAUUUGGUUGAUCAAAAAUUGAAGGUAAAUAUAAUUAACGAAUUGAGUAAUUUCGGCAGGGAAGAUUUUUUACAUGUUUAUUAG